UCCCGGUCGACGAGAGCUGAAAGUGUCUAUGGAAGACUGAAUUUGGGACAGGAAUUGCGUGGCUUUGUGCGAUCGGAUUUGGUCGUGAUCUGCAUCCGAUCUGGAAGCGUCGCGAUGGGUAAGAAGCAGAAGAAAGCGGGAGCAGGGAAGGAGAAGACGCUGAGAAAAACAGCGAAAUCUGAAGAGAAACAGAGGAAGAGGGAGGAUAAAAAGUUGAAAGAAGAAGAUGACAUCGAUGCAAUUCUUGCUAAAAUUCAGAAGGAAGAUUCUAAGAAGGUAGCCGUGCACAUUGAUGAGAAUGUUCCGGCCCCUUCUCCUCGUUGUAAUGCUUCGGUGACUAUUAAUCCCACGAAGGACAAUGAAUUGAUCAUUUACGGAGGUGAAUAUUAUAACGGUGUGAAGACUUUUGUUUAUGGCGAUCUUUACAGGUAUAAUGCAGAAAAGGCUGAGUGGAAACAUGUAUCGAGUCCGAACAGUCCGCCACCUCGGAGCGCCCAUCAAGCCGUUGCCUGGAAGAAUAACCUCUUCAUUUUUGGAGGGGAGUUCACCUCGCCAAAUCAGGAAAAGUUCCACCAUUAUAAGGAUUUAUGGAAAUUCGAUUUGACGACCAACACCUGGGAACAGCUGAAUUUAAAGGGUGCCCCAAGUCCUCGAUCCGGUCAUCGUAUGAUCAUGUACAAACAUAAGAUAAUAUUAUUUGGCGGCUUUUAUGACACACUUAGAGAAGUCAGGUAUUUCAACGACUUAUAUGUAUUGGAUCUUGAUGACUACAAGUGGCAAGAAGUCAAGCCAACUCCAGGCCAACUUUGGCCAAGUGCAAGAAGUGCCUUCCAAUUCGCGGCAACGGGUGAUGAGAUAUUUAUGUAUGGAGGAUACUUCAAAGACCACACCAGUGUUGAUAAGGAAGUUAGCGAGAAGGGAGUCGUACUCGCAGACAUGUGGAGUUUGGAUCCGCGGACGUUCGAGUGGAACAAGGUGAAGAAGAUCGGGCUGCCCCCAGGACCCCGCGCUGGGUUCUCGAUGUGUGUGCACAAAAAGCGUGUCGUGUUUUUUGGUGGGGUUGUGGACAGUGAAGAUACAGGUGAUCUUAUGAGGAGCAUAUUCCUGAAUGAAAUGUAUGGAUUUCAAAUGGAUAAUCGUCGAUGGUAUCCGAUGGAGUUGCGAAAAGCAAAAGUAGCGAAGCCCAAGACCAGAGGACGGGGUGGUAAAAGCUCUGGCCCAAGCCUGAGUGAUCAGCCCGGUUCAGACACUCUUGCGAAAGUUGAGGAAACUGCAGAAGUUGCAGAUAUGGACAUCGACGAAAAGGCCGAGUUGGCCGAGCAGAUGAAAGGAACUCUCUUACAGGAGAAUGACAGUGUCGAAGAUGAGAUUGUAAGACCUUGUGGGCGUAUCAACGCUUCAAUGGUUGUUGGGAAGGACACUUUAUAUCUCUAUGGUGGUAUGAUGGAGAUUGGUGAUCGAGAGAUAACUUUGGAUGACUUGUACACGUUGGACUUGAACAAAUUGGAUUCGUGGAAAUGUUUAAUAGAGGCAACCGAAGCUGAUUGGGUAGAGGAGGAGGACGAUGAUGACGACGAAGACGACGAGGAUGAUGAUGAAGAUGAUGAAGAAGACGAUGAUGAUGAGGACGACGAUGAUGAAAUGGCCGAGACGGACAAGGCCGAGAGCUCUGCUGCACCAUCAGCGGCUGAGGCUGCGGCCGCCGUGUUGAGAGGAGGGGGGAAGAAAUUAUCUCGAAAGCAGCGCAAAGCAGAGAUCGAUCGGAUUCGAGCAGAGCUUGGUCUUGCUGAUGCUCAACGCACGCCCUUGGCUGGUGAGACUCUUAGAGACUUCUUCAACAGGACUCUCAUGUAUUGGCAGGAAGCAGCAUAUGCUCACACGCAACAUACGGGCAAGGAGUUGCGAAAGGAUGGAUUCGAUCUGGCAGAGUCGAGAUAUAAAGAACUGAAACCAGUACUUGAUGAGUUGGAAAAGUUGGAGAAGGAUCAAAAGGCAGAGGAAGAGGAGGAUGCUUCUCGACUGCUUUCGAUGAAGAAAUCGAAAGAAAAAGCGAAGGCUGGUUCACGCCGUUGAUGGGGGAUUUGGAUUCGGAUUCGGACAGCGUAGUUGGAUUUAGAUUAGGGUGCGAGAGCGGGAUUUUGUUGUUGUAGAGUGAAAUUAAAAGGCUGGUAGUAUGUUGAUUCCAGAGGUGUUGCUGCCUGCUGUUAGAAUUCCACCUUUCGUAAAAAGGGGCGGGAGCAAGUUGGUUAUUUUUCUCGAGGACGUCGUCCUGUUCACAACGUAUAAUAUUGUAUACAAGCAUCGGAGA